AUGGCGAGUUCCACGACGCAUCUGGAGGAGCAACUCGCACUGACGCACCACAUCAACAAUUACGGCUGGUUCGCCGACAUCUUCGCGUGGGACGAUAUCGCCACUUGCUUUACGGAGGACUGCACCUUUGACUUCAAAGUCGCACCAGAUCUCGAAGGCCAAGCACCCAUGAAUCUCAACUCUGGCACGAUAAAGGGCCGCUCCGACACGGCCAAAGCCCUGGCGUUUAUCACGGAGAGGUUCAAACGCACGCAGCAUAACAUUGUGAACAUGGAUUUCAACAUCGAUCCGUCCAAUGCGACCGCAACCGGCAGGGCAAACAUCUUCUGGGGCGGGGUCACCGAACAGAACGGCACCCAUGUCGCCGUGCAGACCGGCUCCAGGUACACGUGGAAGUUUAAGAAGAGUGCCGAGAGAAAUCGGUGGGAAACCGACUACACGCAGGUGGAGAUAGUCUGGGUGUCGUCUUCCCCAGUCGAAGGGUUCAAGCUUCAUACAAAACGCACUGAGGCUCCGAAGAACAGCUAG